CACUAUACAUUAUCACUUAUCACAUCUUGUCAUCACUUAUUUUUCCGAUUCAGGAAGGGAGCGAUUUUCUUCAUCCACACAAAACAUUUUUAAAAACAAGCAAUAGGAAUUAAGCGCAUCGAAGAGUUAAAUAAGUUGUUGUUUGUAAAUUCUUGAAAGGUUCAAACAAGCUGUAAAAAACGAAUUAAACUCAAAAAUUACGAUUGUUUCAGCAACAUUAAUCGCAUUUGCUUUUAGACGCCAACUGUAAGAGAAUGGCAUCAAUAAAGGCUCGUUUAAAGGUAGUUGUUAUAGGCGCGGGAGCUGCUGGUUUAUGUGCAUUGAGACAUUUACUGGCAGAUCCCGAGCACUUUGAUGUCGAUAUUUUUGAAAAAAAGCAUUUCGUUGGAGGCAUAUGGAAUUAUUCAGAUAAAGUAGGCCUUGAUGAAAAUACUUUGACCAUUGAAUCCAGUAUUUAUAAAAACCUAAUAACAAAUAUUCCGAAGGAGACAAUGGCUUUUCCAGAUUUUCCAUUUCCGCACUAUGGGGGUUUGUCUUAUAUUCACCACACGCAAGUGCUGCAGUAUUUACGAGAUUAUGCGGAGUACUUUGACCUAUAUAAACAUAUUAAGUUUCACAAGAUGGUUGAGCAUGUUAAGCCAUUAACGUGUUUAGGUGGCAAAGUGGAAUGGCGCGUCACUUAUUCUGAUGUUCUGACAAAAGAAAAGGAGGAUAAAAUGUAUGAUGCAGUGAUGGUAUGCAACGGCUGUCAGAAUGUGCCUAAUGUACCAGAAAUACCUGGUCUCAACGAUUUUCAAGGAAUUCUGAUGCACAGUCACGCUUACAGAGAAAAUGCUCCCUUCAAAGAUUUGAAAGUAGUAAUUUUAGGAGCUAGCUUCUCUGGGGUAGACAUCAGCUUAGAAAUUGCGAAUGUGGCGAAAAUGGUCAUUUGGAGCCACAAUUCGAAACCCAAAACAUGUCCUUUGCCUAAGAAUAUCAUUCAACUUAAAGGAAUAGACCACGUCAAUAAGACAUCCGUAACACUUAUUGAUGGACAGACCCAGGAAUGCGACGCCAUCAUCUUGUGUACUGGUUAUCUGGUAAAUUAUCCUUUCCUGGACCCCAGCUGCAGUCUCCAGGUUCAAGACCAGAGAGUGACACCACUUUACUUUCACACAUUUCUCAUUGACUAUCCUACCUUGGCAAUAUUGGCCGUGACCAAAUAUGUCCUCCCGUUCCCUGUCUUCGACCAGCAAGUGAGAGUCUUUUUGAAAUUUCUGAAAGGUGACGUAACGUUUCCGUCUCCUGACGAGAUGAGGGAAGAAGAAGAAAAAGAUUUCAAAAGAAGGCUGGACAUAGGUCUUAAGCCGAGUCAUGCUCAUGAUUUUCUCAAUGAUCGUUUGUGGAAGUUUGAUGAUGAAUUUUGUAAGCUCGGUCAAAUUGCUCCUACUCCUAAUAGUAUUCGAAAUUUGGUUAAUGAAGUAAUGAAAGAAAUGAAUGAAAACUUGAUGCAUUUUAAAGAAAAAAAGUACAGAGUUGUAGACAGCGAAACAUUUCUUCAAGUGGAUUGAAAUUUAAAGUAGAAAGGUUUUCGUAUCCUGGGCAAAAUGGUCGCCAAAUAUUAGUCACAACCAGGCAAUGGCACGAAAGAAACUAAAAAAUAAAUAAAUUACAAAAUCGGUCAAACUCGAAGAAUAAAAUUCAAACCUCUUGGCAAGCUACUAUAUAGCUUAAAAUAAUUUGAGUCCAAAUACAAGAAUCAGACAGUUUCACUUUAUGUAUUGACAAUAUCUGUUAAAGAAAUUAGAUACCAACAAGAAAACCUCCAUAUUUGUCACAUUGAUUCAAGUUCAAGUUCCUGAGUUGUGGUUUGUUUGUUCGGUCGCAUCAUAAGCUAUGAUGAAUGAUCAAGAUGUAAUUUCUUUUGCAUAGCACUGUGUGUGCAUGUUGUUAUUUCCUCAAGCUGUAUUUUUAAUAAACUCUUUAUUUGCCGGC